AAAAAAAAAAAAAAAAGCAACAAAGAAAAAAUAGAAAAAAUCUCUCUCUCUCUAACUUUCUGUGUGUCUCUCUCUCGCUCUCAUUCUCAUUCUCUCGCCGGCGAUUUCCUCCAUAGCCGGCGAAAAUGACCAAUUCAAAGUGGAGUCACACGUGGGUAUUUCUUCCUUGAAUCUUCUUCGUCUUCGUUUCCACGGUAAACCCAUUCUUUUCCUUCUUUUCACAUUUGCUUUUUUGUUCCAGUCCUUUUCCGUGUUGAAUUUCACUCACACGACCCCCCUAACCUUAAAUUUUUUUUCCCUCUUUAUUUUUCAUCGUAUACUAUAUAUAUAAUCAGAUUCGAUCGCCUUUAGAAUUUAUAGUUACUUCAAUCUUUAGUACUUUGCACAAAAAAAAAAAAAAAAGUGGGCUGAAUCUAAGGUUGUGAUUAGACCCAUAAUCCAUUUGGGUCUGUAUCUGAUGUGUUAGUGCAUUUAAAAAGGUCUAAGAAUCAUAAAAAUCAAAAGGGUCAUUUUUGUUUGGGGGGUUUUGUGUGUGAGUGAUUUAGUGUGUGUUAUGUUAGGUUGUGUAGAAUGGAAACAAAGCCAAACAAAGAGUGCUGCAAUCCUGUUAAGAAACCGGGGCCGGUUUCGAUGGAUCAUGUGUUGUUGGCACUGAGAGAGACUAAGGAAGAGAGGGAUGUGAGAAUCAGAAGUCUCUUUAAUUUCUUUGACACUACCAAUGCUGGCUAUUUGGACUAUACCCUGAUUGAGACUGGCCUUUCUGCUCUCCAAAUACCCGCCGAGUAUAAGUAUGCUAAGGAUUUGUUAAACGUGUGCGACUCCAAUAAAGAUGGGCGUGUUGAUUACCAAGAGUUUAGGCGGUACAUGGACGAUAAGGAGCUUGAGCUUUACCAUAUUUUUCAAGCCAUUGAUGUUGAACAUAAUGGUUGCAUUACGCCUGAAGAGCUCUUGGAUGCACUUCUUAGGGCAGGGAUUGAAAUUGAUGAUGAAGAGCUUGCCCGUUUUGUUGAGCGUGUUGAUAAGGAUAACAAUGGGGUUAUUACAUUUGAAGAAUGGAGAGAUUUUCUUCUGCUCUACCCUCAUGAGGCAACCAUUGAGAACAUUUAUCAGUAUUUAGAGAGGGUAUGUCUUGUUGAUAUUGGGGAACAGACUGUAAUCCCAGAGGGCAUCAGUAAGCAUAUUCAUGCAAGUAGAUAUCUUAUUGCUGGUGGAGUAGCAGGAGCAACAUCCCGUACAGCUACUGCUCCUCUUGAUCGUCUAAAGGUUGUUUUGCAAGUACAAACAACACGGGCUCGCAUUAUGCCAGCUGUAAGGGAGAUAUUGAGAGAAGGUGGCUUCUUGGGAUUCUUUCGAGGCAAUGGGCUAAAUGUGAUGAAGGUGGCCCCUGAAAGUGCCAUCAGGUUCUACAUGUAUGAAUUACUGAAAGGUUUUGUUGCGGAUUUUAAAGGGGAAGAACAUAAGGCUGAUAUUGGCACUAGCGGACGCCUAUUUGCUGGUGGUUUAGCUGGUGCUGUGGCACAGGCUUCUAUUUAUCCGAUGGAUCUUGUAAAAACUCGAAUACAAACAUGUUCUUUUGAAGGUGGAAGAGUUCCUAGUCUUAGAAAACUGUCACGGGAUAUAUGGGUACAAGAGGGACCCCGGGCAUUCUAUAGGGGCAUUGUUCCGUCCCUUCUUGGGAUUGUACCUUAUGCUGGCAUCGAUCUUGCUGCAUAUGAAACCUUGAAAGAUUUGUCCAAGAAGUAUAUUCUUCAGGAUGAUGCUUUCCAGUUGAAGCAGGUCCUGUUGUGCAAUUGGGAUGUGGGACAAUAUCAGGGGCUCUUGGAGCAACAUGCGUUUAUCCAUUGCAGGUUGUCAGGACAAGAAUGCAAGCUCAGCAAUCUAAUGCAGAUACUCCUUAUCAAGGGAUGGCUGAUGUAUUUAGGAGAACCUUUCAACAUGAAGGGUUGAGGGGGUUCUACAAAGGAAUAUUCCCGAAUCUGCUGAAAGUCGUUCCUUCUGCAAGUAUUACUUACAUGGUUUACGAGAGCAUGAAAAAGAGUCUGAAUCUGGAAUGAAGAAGUAUGCAGCUUCGUUCAAUGAUUAUUGCUUUUGACACGCUGACCGUAGAGUUGACAAAUGGUGAGGAUUGUUCCAUUAUGAAGAUGAUGAUGACAAGAAUAAGGUCUCUUAAGUUAAUAUUCAAACAAUUACUGGAGUUAGAACACAAAUAAUGUUGCUAGGAUCGGGUAUCUUGAACUUGAAGGGUGAGAUUUAUUUGUCAUUGGCUCGAACUUCGUAUGCAUUAGCACAUAUUGUUGUGUUAUACAGAUAUAUACGGGACACAAUUCACCAAAAAAUCGAUUUUGUAAUUCUUUUUAGUGACUCGAUUCAUUCAAAAUUACUGUAUUGCAGAAUUUGAUUUAUUUUUGUAUGUUA